AUGGGAGGGCAAAUUUUGGGGUACAACAGUUUGGAUUCGAGAAUUUGUCUUUUGCUUUUGAUUAUAGUAUCUGAUGUGGAUUAUUCUAAUGGUCCAGUUUUACUGUUUCACCCGCAAAGACACUUGUUUGGGUGCGCCCUACAACAUCAGGCACACCACCAUCUCCUCGUGAUAGAGAAACUAAUUCAAAAACAGUGUGAGCCUUUACCUAGAAGAAGAAGUUUCGCAAAAUCGGUUUCAUCUAAGGUAAAAUUUCUUCAUCCUUUUCCGGUUUCACUAUGGAAGCCUGUUAGUAAUAAAACAGUGAAUUGGAAUGGUUUUAACUGCAAGAGUUUUGAGUGUUUGAAUGGUAGGAAACUGAAUAGAGAUUGUGUUCAUUGCUUUGAUUUGGUUAAUGGAUAUGAGAAUCAAAGAUUUGUUAAGUCUAAUAGUAAGAAUGAUUUUCUUGUUGAUGAUGUUUUGCAAUUAGGAAAUGGUGGGAUUAGAAUAGGUUUUAAUAUUGGAAUUGGUUCGGGGUCUUUUGCGGAGGUUAUGUCUGAGAGGAAUAUUACCGUGAUUACUAGUACUCUUAAUGUUAAUGGUCCUUUAAAUGAGUUUAUCGCGGCGAGAGGACUUUUUCCGGUUUACUUGAGUUUGGAUCAUAGGUUUCCGUUUGUUCAAUCUAGUAUUCAACUUAGUAAUAGUAAAAAAUAA